GUUGAGCAAUAAGAAUAUUUUCUGUCAUUCAGUAAUAAUAUUCCAAUUUUAACAUGUAAUGUUGGUAGCAUAAUGAAAAUGAGUCACUGGAAAAGGAGAAAACCCAUGUGGAAACAGAUGUAGCAGGUCUCUUAAGUGAGGGGGCCCAGGUAAGGGCUGAAAUGUCUAAGCCCAUCUUGUUAUGUUGUUUUGUUUACAUCUCUAAGUGGUUUUUCCAUAUCCUUAGGUUAAGGUAUACGUAUAUCAUAAACUUGUUUCAACAGGUGUCACUGUAUCACACACCAGACCUCCGUGGCAUUCUAAAAUGGAUAAUGCCACAGCGCUGGAAUGAAACAAUCGGCCUUCAACACAUGAAGCUUUACGUGUUUGACGACUCACUUGUUAUAUCUGGGGCCAAUCUGAGCAAUGACUACUUCACUAAUAGACAGGAUCGUUACUUUGUCUUCGAUGAUUGUCCUCAACUUGCAGACUUCUAUCACAAAAUCAUCGAUACAGUCAGCAAGUUCUCCCUACAGCUUCAGACAGAUAAUACUACUACUGUUCUUCCAGACACAACAGUGCACCCAUUCAUGGGUGAUUAUAAUAAAUAUUGUAUGGCCAUGAAAACUGCCAUACAGAAAGUGUGGGAUCAAGAGUGUGGCAAAACUACACAAAGACUACACCAGAUGUCGAAAAAUCUUGAAAAGUCUGGUGUUAAUAAACUAGACGAAAAGCCCCUAGACACUAUAGUAAUCCCAACUUUACAAAUGGGACCUUUUGAUAUUGUGAGCGAUAGCACAAUGACCAAAAAGUUCUUGACUUCAGCCGAGAAUAAUUCAAGAAUUCAGUUAGCAUCAGGCUACUUCAACUUAACAGAAGAAUACAUGAAAAGUAUUCUUCAGGGGUCUGAAGCUUUAUAUAGUAUUCUCAUGGCUCAUCCCAAAGCUAAUGGAUUCCUUGGGGCUAGUGGAUUUGCUGGAGCCAUCCCGGCUGCUUACACACAACUUGCAAAGUUGUUCUUUGAGAGGUUACAGAAAGGAAGGCAGAGUAAACGCAUCACCAUGUUCGAGUAUCAGCGACCAAGUUGGACAUUCCAUGCCAAAGGACUGUGGUAUUACCAACCUUAUCAGUCCUUGCCUUUGCUCACUAUGAUUGGCUCCCCAAACUUUGGUUGGCGAUCUGUGAAUAGGGAUUUAGAGAGCCAGGUGGUUGUGGCGCCCCAAAGCUUUGCCUCAGAGAGACUGCAUCAAGAGCAAGAGCAUUUAUAUGGCAGUUCAAGUCAGGUAACUCAACAAACCUUCACUACUCAAGACCGGUGGUUCCUUACUGGGUACGAUUUGUAAUGCCUGUAAUUAAAG